CUCCUCACGUGACCUUGCGAGGAGAACUCCGGCUCCUGCCCCAUUCUCCUUCGCGAGGGAAACCUUGGCCGGUUGCGGGUUUUUGGCCCUCCGUCCGCCCCGUACCUCGCAACCUGGUGCGGCACCGGCAAUUGCCUUUGAGUGCUCGGGGCUUCAUGGAGCGGAGUUCGGCUGCGGUCGGUGCCGUGAGGCGCCUUCGGACACAACAACCGCCGCAGCAGCAUCAGUCGCAGCAGCUGCAGAAGUCGCGCCGGCGGCGGCCGCCGCCGAAGGAAGAAGAGGGAUGGGACUGGAAAAAGGUCGGAGGCGGGAGCAGCGCGAGGCUGCUGCUCCUGCCGGAGUCGCGCGCGGUGCUUGUCCUCCUGCUUUAUUUGCUCGGGCUCCGCGGGCUCGUGCACGUCUCCUUCCAGCAGCUGGUGCAGCCGGCGCGCGACCCCAAGGAGUUCAAUGCCCCUCGCGCCAGAAUGUAUUUAGAAAAUAUUACCGCAAUUGGUCCGAGAGCUGUUGGAAGUCCAGAAAAUGAAAUCUUCACAGUAAACUACCUCCUGGAGCAAAUUAAAGCUAUAGAACUAAAAAGCAGCCAUGCCCACAAAAUCUCUGUAGAUAUACAGAGGCCAACGGGCACCUUCAGUAUUGACUUUCUUGGAGGGUUCACAAGUUACUAUGACAAUAUUACUAAUGUUGUGGUUAAACUGGAACCAAGAAGCGGAGCUGAGCAUGCAGUGUUGUCCAACUGCCACUUUGAUUCUGUACCAAAUACUAUAGGUGCCAGUGAUGAUGCUGUCAGCUGUUCUGUGAUGCUUGAGAUACUGCAUACGCUUUCGAAGUCAUCUGAACCCUUGCAGCAUGCAGUUAUAUUUCUGUUCAAUGGUGCUGAAGAAAAUCUUUUGCAGGCUAGCCAUGGUUUCAUUACACAACACCGUUGGGCUAAAUCAGUUAGAGCAUUUAUUAAUCUGGAGGCUGCUGGAGUAGGAGGGAAAGAGCUUGUUUUUCAAACAGGGCCUGAAAACCCCUGGUUGGUGCAAGCAUAUAUCUCUGCUGCUAAGCACCCUUUUGGUUGUAUUGUGGCCCAAGAAGUGUUUCAGAGUGGUGUUAUUCCUGCAGAAACAGAUUUCCGUAUUUACCGAGACUUUGGUAAUGUUCCAGGUAUAGACUUAGCUUUCAUUGAAAAUGGUUACAUCUAUCAUACAAAAUAUGAUACAGCGGACCGAAUUCUGACAGAUUCUAUUCAGAGGGCAGGUGAUAACAUUUUAGGUGUGCUGAAAUACCUAGCAAAGUCAGAUAAACUGGCCAGAUCUCAUGAAUAUCAACAUGGAAAUGUUGUCUUCUUUGAUGUCUUUGGCGUGUUCGUUCUGGCUUACCCAGCUCGUGUUGGUACCAUUAUGAAUUAUGUCAUCACAGCAGUUGCUGUUCUGUAUCUAGGAAGAAAAACAUUGCAGCCAAGUAAAAAAGCAGUCAUUUAUCUGAAGGAACUGGCCAUUGCCUUUGGCUUCACGGUCCUCAGUUGGUUUGCCACAUUGGUUGGCAUCCUUAUUGUGGCAACGUUUAUUUCUCUCAUUGGUCGCUCCCUUUCCUGGUAUACUCAUUUCUAUGUGUCCAUCUUUCUGUAUGGAACUGCAGCAUUGGCCAAACUGAUUUUUGUACAUACGUUAGCCAAGACAUUCUAUUAUAAACAUGCAAACCAGCAGUUCCUUGGAGAGGUCUUCUUUGAUGUACCAUUGGUUUUCUGGUCAAUCACAUUGGCUUUACUUACUUACCUAGGAGUUUCCUCAGCAUUUAUCAGUGCAAUAUGGGUAGCAUUUCCACUGCUCACAAAAUUAUUCACCUAUAAGGAAUUGAAAGAAAAAGGUGCCACAAUGAAAUUCAUUUCAAUAUACCUCCUAGGAAUGUUUAUUCCACACCUCUAUUUGCUAUACCUCAACUGGAUUAUAUUUGAAAUGUUCGUUCCCAUCAUGGGACGCAGUGGUUCAGAAAUUCCACCUGACAUAGUAAUGGCAGCUUUUAUUGUUUUAGUUUGUAUACUUCUGUCUUCGUAUUUGCUUAAGUUUGUCUACCUUGCCAGAAGCACAACAAUGACAACAAUAACUUUAACCACUAUUUCUGCAAUCACCUUCAUCCUUGUUUGUGGUGGAAUCUUUUUCCCUUACAGUUCAGAUUUUGCAAACCCAAGGCCUAAGAGAGUGUUUCUUCAGCACUUAAGCAGACGAUUUCAUAGCCUGGAUGGGCACUUGGAAAAAAGUGAUUCUGGAAUAUGGAUUAAUGGGCUUGAUUAUGGUGGAAUGUACCAUGUUACUCCUCACAUACCUGAACUCAAUGACUCUAUUAGAACAAAAUGUGAGGAAGAAUCGCCUCUCUGUGGCUUACCUUGGAUCCUCCCUGUGGACUAUUUAUUCAGAAAGAAUUGGUAUCUUCCUGCACCAGCAGUUACUCCCAAACAACCUGUUCGCUUUCAGCUUCUCUCCAAAGAGCAAAUGCCCUGGGAUUCUACAAGAUUAACUUUUGAAGUAUCAGGUCCAAGCCAUAUGUCGCUAUACCUUCGAUCUCAUCCAGGUGCAACACUCUCCAAAUGGUCACUGGGACAUGGAACACCUGUUGUGAAUGCCAUAGAUGGGGAUUACUUUGUAUAUUAUUCACAUGGGCUCAAAGCCUUACCAUGGCACUUCUGGAUAGAGCUGAAGGCCUCAGAAGAGUCCCCUAAAGGAAUGGUCACUCUUGCUCUAGGUACCCAUUAUUUCUUUGGGGAAGAUCAGACGUCACCUCAGUUGCAUGCCUUACUUGACAGAUUCCCCAACUGGACAUUUCCCUCAGCCUGGGUCUCCACUUAUGACCAAUAUAUCUUUUAACUCAGAAAUAAUAUGAAGAUCAACUGUUUUCCUUACAUGGUUGGAUGCAACGUUUCUCCAUAGGGAGUUUGGGCAAGCUGGAAGAUAUAGUGUUAUUAACAAAAUUACUAUGAAAACCAUUUAGCCACAAGUGUAUUUCUAUGGCAGUGGGAAUCUAUGGAAAAUUGAAGCCACUGUAUUUCCUGUUUGGUGGGGAAAGAGGUGGUUUCUGUGUCUUUUAUGCAAAAUACCAGUUCCUUCUCCCACUUGAAUGGCCCCCCAUUCCAUUCAUCUGCUGUUGGCUCUGUGUGAAAACUGCCUUUUGGGGCAAGGUAUUAGAACAGCCCUCCUGAGCCUUUUUGCAAUAAUAGGGGCUUUGUUCAGGAAUGCCAAGCACAAUAUAAAAUGCUUCAUAGGCUUUAAAUAAUACAACUGCUGCAAUUCCGUAAUACUUUAACAAAGUUUGCUCUGAGCAACUAGAAUAAGGCUUUUUGAAAAUAAAUUUUUAUGAGACUGUUCAUUGUGGAUGAUAAAUAAGAAGAUACGAUGACCAUACUCCUGCAGUAUUGGUGCCCAUUUCAGACACACUUCUUUGCCCAGAAUUCUUUAAACUGUAGUGCCAGAGAACUUGGUGAUGAUUCUCUUGGGAUUCCUAUUUUUGUCUGUCCUAGCCUUACUGGGUUUCUCCCACUCUCUUUUUGGACAUUGUCCUUUACAUAGAAGUUGGAUCAGACCUAUCUUCUGUUCACUCCUCUGUGGAAUCCAAGCAACAUGAAGACACACAUAGCUCUGCAAAGUGAACACAUAGCGUUUAUUUUGUAUAUGUAGAAGCACUGAACCACCAUCCUGGUCUUCCGUAUGCUUAUGUGCGCAUUUUGUGACUUUGUUCUUGACUGGUGACUGUUGCAUUAGUGAUAACAAACUUUUGUGUUACUUAUUUGAUUUCCUAAGAGUUUUCCAAAAUCUAAUCAAAGCUGAGAGAGCUGUCCUGUAAAAAAACCUCAUGGGAAAACUGAACUGUGUUAGUACUGUGGUUCCAUGUCUUUGUUUUAGUCAAAGAUGUAUGAGCGAGCUUCUCUUGAGUCAGAGAUUUAGAACAUGUUAUGGAUAUUGAGUAACUGAGUUGCUAUUCCCCUCCCAGAUUUGCAAAGGCUGUGAUCUUAUGAUUCCUAGAAGGGUAUCCCAGGUGCUACAGAUUACAGUGGAUCUCCCUCUCUAAGCUCCAAAAGAGAGAUCCUUCCGAUUUUCUCUAGAGAAACCUUUCCUGCCCUUGCUAUUGCAUUGUCCAAGCCCACAAGGUAAGAAUGUGUUAGAAGGGUGUUGCAUCACACUGAGAAAAACCUUGAACCUGCAGGACCUAUAGCUCCCUUAUUUUCCUAAAAUAAUCAACCCCCACCCACCUGCCCCAUAUACCUUAUACACCUUAUUUCUGAACUGGAAGAAGUGGAGAAAUGGAACCAAAGGAAGAAAAAAAGGGGUAAAAAGUUGCUUCCCCCUCCUUAAUCCUGCUUUGGGGGGCUCCAUCCUUUGUGCCGUAAUAUUGGUUUCUAAUUACUUGAAGUGCAAAGCCCAAAGAUUUCAGUGCAUGGGGAAAUGUUGCAGAUCAGACCAUUUGUGAAGAGUCCUUUAUGAUUAAUCUAGGACAAACAAAUUGUGUAAAAACACACAGUGUAUUUAAAAUCAUUUAUGGGCUGGCUACAUGCAAUGAUAAAUUAGAGCAGAUGUUUCAGAUCCUCUCGAGAUCCUUUCUUGGAUCUUCAGUGAAACCCUUUAACUGAAAACAGAAAAUACCUGAAACCGCAAGCUGCCCACUUUGGGCACUUUUUAUGUUCAUUGCACAUAGCAUUACAUAGUUUCUGUGUCUUAGUAGCACGGUCAUCAGUGUAAUAUAGCCAUAACUAUCCCUCUGCUGUGAAAGGUAGAGGGGCCAAUGCUUGCCAAAGUGUUUAUACACAUAUUCAUUCUUAUUCUAUGUAUAUAUGUUACAGUAAAGAAGCUGUACUAACUGUAGCUCCAGAGGUGCGAGAAGAAAGGCAGUGCUGGCAGACAGCUUUGUUACCUUGGUCAUGUUCUCUUAAGAAUACAAUCUUAUGUUGCCCCUCUGCUAGCUCAUAGAGACUGGGAUGUGAAGCAUUGCACUAAAUGGGUAAAGGCAUUCAGAGAGAGAACAUCAAAUCAUACAGAAAGGAGUAUGUAAGAAUGCUAAUUCCAUUGAUACACCUUGAAAGUAAAAGUGAUUAAUGACAUUGUUUCAGCACUCUAGUAUUCCAGUUUGAUAUUGAAAUCUGCUGUGUUCUUCCAUUUAGGUAACUUACCAAGGUAAAGAUUUGACUGGAGUCUUUAAAAAAAAGAUAAGUCUGUAAUUUUGAAUGUCAUCAUUCAUUCUCUUGGAAAGUGUUUCAUGACCAUAAAUCAAAAAUAAGUGUAUGUAAAUGAAAACCCCAGUAGCUGAGCAUUUAGCUUUUCUUAGAUACUGUGGUGUUACAGUCUGUAUUUAAUUGCCUCUGUUCCCUCUCCUUGGGUGCUCUGGACAAGGAAAUGCAGACUUUCCCAAGAACAGGACACAGUCACGUUUUACCAGGCAUUACAGAGUGGGGACACAAAUCUAGAUCUGCUGUGGUGGCACUUGCAUAUUUAAGUGCAAUAUAUGAUUUAGCCUUAAGUAACAGCAUUGCUAUAUAUGUUGAACUCAGACAUUUUGAGCAAAGCUUAUUAAAUGGAGCCUGCGUUAGCAUAUGCAUGAACUUUUUUGGAUCUAAAGAAACUGCUUUUGCAUGCCAUAUUCUCCCCUUCACUUUGUUUGCUUUUUUAAUUCCUAGGGGAAAGCACCAUAUUCUAGAUGUAGCUCAUUGCUCUUUUAGUGUGUAUUUCAGUCCACUCCUCUGUACAGCUUGUGCUCUCCAGGAAAUCCAAAGUGGAGACUUUCUCAAUCUGUACAGGAGAAAUCCACAAAGCCUUUCCCAAACUGAUAUAUAUUGUGCCUCUAAACUUCUGUAAUAUUUUUAAAUGAUUCUGCAUGAGGUAUAUAUGGAGCAGUGAAAAAUACCCCUCAUGUCUCAGAGCAUGCUCAACGCAUCAGGGCAAGUAAUAAGUUUUGUUCCUUAGGGGGGAAAUGCCUGACUCAGGAUAUAUCUUCUGUUAAGUAGCAAAAUGCAAUAUAGGAUGGAUGCCUUUAUUGUGAACUCCUGCCUUUGAAGAAAUACUUCAUUGUCAAGCACAUACAUUUAUUUAUUGACAAUUGUCUUGUCUUCCUUUUAAUAUUGUACUGAAAACCCUAGUAUAGCUUUUCAGCAUAAAGUGUUGAAUAACAGAAUGAGUGUAUGAACAAAAAUCCUGAGUUUAUUGUAUAACCAAGCCACACACUUUGGGCUAGCUUAACUGUGAGCUUGAUUUUUAUAAAUAUAACACAAGCUGGUAUAUCUGUGUUCUGACUGUACCAUUUCAGAUUGCACAUAGAGGCUCACAUGAUUGUCCUUCCAUAUAAGAACCCUAGUUUGUUUUCUCUCAAGCUGUGCUAAUCCUAUGUGUGCAAGAUAUCAUUUUCUUAUGGGAAUUUCCAAAUGUAAGCCUUUAAAGUGCUGUUUAAAGUGUUCUUUUAGUAAUGCAACCUUGACCCAGAAUUAAAUCCCAUUGAGUUUAA